GGUCUCACUUUCCCAGGCUGCCGGGCCAGAGCGGUUUGUAGACUUCCGGUUGCCUAGCCCUAGAAUUCUGAGGCUCCCUCCGGAUGAGAAUUGAGCUGUCCGUACUGCCGGGAAACUCGGGGUUACAGCACCGAGGGGGUCCAUGGCUCGAGAUAUAAGUCCUGAUCUUCGAACUAAAUAGAAAGUUCCAAGAAGGAAUGAAGGAUGAAACUCUACAUAUAGUAGCUGCUCAAUAAACCUUUACCAACGAUUAAAAGGAAUUCCAUGAAGGCACCACUAGCUGAAAUAAUGGUGUUUGAUUUCACGGAGUAAAUUCUUAUUGAGAAGAAACCUACAGAUAUCCAAAAAUGAUUGAGAUUGAACAGGCAGAGGCCCAGCUCUCUGAGUUAGACCUGCUAGCCAGUAUGUUCCCCGGUGUGAAUGAGCUCAUAGUGAAUGACCAGCUGGCUUUAGCAGAACUAAAAGAUUGUAUUGAAAAGAGGACAAUGGAAGGACGAUCUUCAAAAGUUUACUUUACUAUCACUAUGAACCUGGACAUACCUGAGGAAGCAAUGGUGAUGUUUUCUCUGGCCUGUGUUCUUCCUUUCAAAUACCCUGCAGUUCUGCCUGAAAUUACUGUCAGAUCAGUAUUAUUAAGUAGAUCCCAGCAGGCUCAGCUGAAUACAGAUCUGACCACAUACCUACAAAAGAAUUGUCUCGGAGAUGUCUGUAUAUUGAAUGCCACAGAGUGGGUUAGAGAACACGCUUCUGGCUAUGUCAGCAAAGACACCACACCUUCCCCUGCUCCAGGAAGUACAGUCCAGCCAGUUGACCUUAUUCUCACAAGACUCUGGAUCUACAGCCAUCACAUCUACAACAAAUGCAAAAGAAAGAACAUUCUAGAGUGGGCAAAGGAGCUUUCCCUAUCUGGGUUUAGCAUGCCUGGGAAACCUGGUGUUGUGUGUGUGGAAGGCCCACAAAGUGCCUGUGAAGAAUUCUGGUCAAGACUCAGAAAAUUAAACUGGAAGAGAAUUUUAAUUCGCCAUCGAGAAGACAUUGCUUUUGAUGGUACAACUGAGGAAAUGGAAAGACAAAGAAAAUUUUCAGUUUUUGAAGAAAAAGUAUUCAGUGUUAAUGGAGCCAGAGGAAACCACAUGGACUUUGGUCAACUGUAUCAGUUUUUAAAUGGCAAAGGAUGUGGGGAUGUUUUCCAGAUGUUCUUUGGUGUGGAAGGACAAUGAGCAGAGGAGUAGUUGAAAGUGUUUUGCUGCUGUUGGUCUUUUGACUUUCUCCCCGACUCUUUCUUGAAAGAUUAAGUAAUUUCACUUUAGUCCCAUUCUAAAAUGUUAAGGGGGAAAAAGAGGAAAAGUAGUAUAGCUGAAAUGCAUCUGUUAAAAAUAUUCAUGAUUGAAUGCAGAACUGAGUUUUAUAAUCUUAAAAUUGUUGAUAGACAUGUCUUGACAUAUAAAUAAACUACCUAUUUUGAGAGAGAAGUUAAUUAUAUUUGAGGACGAUAGCGUUGGUGAUAACUUGCCACUUAUUCCCAAUCCCCUUCCCCUUUAUCUGCCUCCACUAAGAACCUGGGAAAGUUUAAUGCUCACUCUCUCCAGGCUCUCUUGCAGCUGCGGGGCGGGGGGGCCAGGGAGCCUUUGGGAAAACUUUUGCUUCCCUGAUUAAAAUGAUAGAUGCAGCUAGGGCA